AGCCAGGAAUGAGCAAUCUAUUGCACUUAAUUCUUUUGGGUUUUAUGAUGCGUGACGUGGACAUGGGUGGGUGUUUUUCUUCUCCAAACGGACAUGAUAAAAGCACACUGCUUCUUGCGCUGGCCUACUUUACUUCAUAAAGAGGAGAUACUGUCAGCACGUCCAUCAGCCCCGCAACUACAAGAAAUGCAAUAUAACAGGGACCCAGACACUGUUGUGACCAUCGUCAACCCUGUGGAGCAUCCCAGAGACUAUGUGGUAUGGUCCAUCUUCAGCUUCUUCUACGGAAACACCUUUUGCCUCGGACUGGCGGCGCUGAUCUUCUCAAUCAAGGCAAGGGACAUGAAGGUGACUGGAGACCUGCAGAGAGCCAGGGGAUACAGCAAGUGGGCUCUGGGCCUCAACGUGGCCGCGCUGAUCAUUAUUGUUUUGAUUGUCCUUUGUCUUAUUAUUAAUUUCAGCUUUGUAGUCGUUCGGUUAAGGAACGCUCUCCUUGAGAAGAAUCGCUUUGAGCACAACAACCGCAAUGGAUAUCCUUAUGGGAGUGGCUAGGAACAUGACUCUACCAAUGUCAAGAAGUUAAUUGCCCCUAUGCCAAAAACAAUAAUGAACAAGAAUUUAAUUAAAUUACCCAGUAAUGCACUUUGUAACCAUCAGCACAGCAAAAUAAAUAUUAGUCGUUAUUUUAAGCCACCUUUCAGAAAUAAGUGGAUUCGAAAAUAGUUUCAGCAGCCGCCCAAGUGAGCUCUCCAAGUUAAUGAUGCAUAGUCCUUAAAAUAACCCAUGGGUAGACCACCAAUGCACUUGAUGACAGUAGUCCAGAUGCAGCGGAAGACCAUUAUCGUUACGGUUUUAAUUUAAUUUAGGCCUUUAUUAUAAUUAGAAAUUGAAUCGGGGCAAGAAAUGCCAAAAAUAGCCUCAUACUUUUUCUAGAUCUUGCAACAUUAAGGCACUUAAUUUGAAUGAGUCUGGGUCUUGGACUGAAUGUACUGAAUGUUACUACACUUUGCAUAAAAGCUUCAGCUAAAAUAAAUGUUUGACAAUGUAA